AUGGAGGGCCUUUUCUUCAAUGUCAACAACGGCUAUAUCGAGGGCCUCGUUCGCGGGUACCGUAAUGGUCUACUUACUAGCCAGAACUACGCCAAUCUAACCCAAUGCGAGACGCUCGAUGAUUUGAAGCUACAGCUCGCACCUGCUUAUGGUGACUAUCUUGCCAAUGUACCAUCACCGCUUUCCACCUCCGUUAUUGCCUCGAAAGCAACCGAAAAGUUGAUUGCUGAGUUCCGGUACAUUCGGGCUCAAGCGGUCGGCUCCUUAGCAAAGUUUAUGGAUUACUUGACAUACGGGUAUAUGAUUGAUAACGUUGCCCUUUUGAUUACCGGCACAUUACACGAGCGGGACACGAGAGAGCUUCUCGAGCGUUGCCAUCCACUUGGCGUCUUCGAAACCAUGCCAGUGCUUUGCGUCGCAACCAAUGUCGAGGAGCUAUACAGCUCAGUCCUAGUCGAAACACCACUAGCGCCAUACUUUAAAAAUACGCUCUCCAGCGCAGACCUUGACGAGCUCAAUAUUGAAAUCAUCAGAAAUACCCUCUACAAAAGCUACCUGGAGGAUUUUCAUCAAUUCUGUAUAAGUGAGCCAGGACUCGCGGGAACCCCUACUAGUGAGCUUAUGAGUGAAAUGUUGAGCUUUGAGGCGGAUCGAAGGGCGAUUAAUAUCACACUGAACUCAUUUGGAACGGAACUGAGUAAGCAGGACAGAAAAAAGUUGUAUCCAAGCUUCGGAAGGCUUUAUCCAGAGGGAACCUAUAUGCUAAGCAAGGCAGAUGAUGUAGAUUCUGUAAGAGCUGCGGUUGAAGGUGUGGGCGAGUAUAAAGCUUUCUUUGAACAAGGGAUGAGUGCCCAAGGUGGCAUGGCAGGGGGACAACAAAAGAGCUUAGAGGACUUAUUUUAUCAGAAAGAAAUGGAAAUUGCGAAGUCAGCUUUUACACAACAGUUCACCUACACUGUUGUCUUUGCAUGGGUUAAAUUGAGAGAACAGGAAAUACGAAACAUUACCUGGAUUGCCGAAUGUAUAGCUCAGAAUCAGAAGGAAAGGAUUGGCAAUUACAUUAGUGUGUUUUAA